GCUGUUUCGUAAUGGGCCAUCAGGGGGAGGGACUUCUGAAGACACAAAAGCCUGAUGGAGCUGCCAUAAGUGACAGAAAACAACAGAGGAACGUUGUGUGCCUGAACUGCAGCCACGAGGACAGACAACCGACUGUAAAGAACCGAUGCAAGUUUAUCAUCAGCUCUGCGUCCAAAAUAAGUUACAACAUAAGGGUUGGACUUGCUGAUUAGGAGAAGAAGACUUCUGAAUAGAAGGGCUCCAGUGGUGCUCAUCAAGGAGAUAAAUCACACCAAUGAAGACGCCUGGCAUGGCGGUAUUCAAGCAACAGAAUGUGGACGAUUUAUAUGAAAUUGGGGAAGAACUAGGAAGUGGGCAGUUUGCAGUUGUCAAACGCUGCAUAGAGAAGAGCACAGGCGUCGAAUAUGCAGCCAAGUUCAUCAAGAAGCGUCAGAGUCGGGCCAGCAGACGUGGCGUUAAAAGAGAGGAGAUUGAGAGGGAAGUGGACAUCCUGCAGCAGCUCCAGCACAACAACAUCGUAUCUCUACAUGACGUGUAUGAGAACCGCACAGAUGUGGUGCUCAUCCUCGGACUGGUGUCUGGAGGAGAACUGUUUGAUUUUUUGGCUCAGAAGGAAUCUCUCAGUGAAGAGGAGGCCACUCAGUUUAUCAAACAGAUCCUAGAUGGAGUCCAGUACCUCCACUCCAAGAGGAUUGUGCAUUUUGAUCUAAAGCCUGAAAACAUAAUGCUGCUGGACAGGAACCUUCGUCUACCUCGCAUCAAAAUUAUAGACUUUGGACUGGCACACAAAAUAGAAGCAGGGGCGGAUUUCAAAAACAUUUUUGGAACCCCUGAAUUUGUUGCUCCAGAGAUAGUCAACUAUGAGCAACUGGGAUUGGAGGCAGACAUGUGGAGCAUCGGAGUCAUCACAUAUAUACUUUUGAGCGGUGCGUCUCCUUUUCUCGGUGACACGAAGCAGGAAACGCUGGGAAACAUCUCGGCGAUGGACUACGAGUUUGACGACGAGCUGUUCAGCAAUACAAGCGAGCUGGCCAAGAGCUUCAUCAGUCAGCUCCUGGUGAAGGACACGAGAAAACGGAUGACCAUACAAGAGGCCCUCAACCAUCACUGGAUUAAGUCCUGCGACUACACGGAAGAGGAAAGCACUGUCCCUGAGGCUGAGAAGAAAGUGGAGCAGCUGAAGACUGAGCGGCUGAAGGAGUACACCAUCCAGUCCCAUUUCAGUAUGCCCCAGAACAACACGUACGCCAACUUUGAGCGUUUUGCACAUGUGGUAGAGGACCUCAGUCUGAUGGAGACAAGGCUGUCGGAGGUGUCAGAAGCACGGCACACUCUGCAGGGCGAUGUAGAAGCACUCCUGUCCAUUUACAACGACAAGGAGGCCUGGUACAAGAGGAGAGCGAGACUGCGAGGAAAGCAGCUGUCUCAAGUCCACUAUGAGUUCCGUAAAGUGGAGGCAACCAGGAGGCUGCUGCAGGAGGACGUGAAGAUUAUCGAUGCCAGUCUGGAGAGCAUCAGUGGGAAGUACAGCCACAGGGAGAGUCAGCUGGACGCUCUGAGGCAGGAGCUGAACUCUGAGCUGCAGUGGCUGCAGGAGGUGAUGAGCUCUCUGCAUCCUGAAGGAGCCAAGGGCAGCAUCCUCAGCAGCAGCAGCAUGAACACGGACGUGAGGCAGGGGCUGCUGCACCAGUCCUGCAGGAGGCAGCUGCAUCCUGAGGACAAACAGACACUCACAGAGUCUGGCUAACUAACUCUUAUUGACCUUAAAGAUCUUUUGAAAAUGUUCAACACGUUUUUUUUAGCUGCACAAGCGUUCAAAUGUAUUAUGUGAAUGUAGUCUUUACAUUUUCUUUCUUUAUAUAUUUUUUAUUUUCUUGAUUGAACUCUGCAAUACGAUUCUUUUUUUUAAAUAUCUGUAAGAGUAGGACGAUUUAAAAAGGAAAUGUGCUUUUUUUCAUUUUUGUUUGUUAGAUGUAAAGAUGGAUGGUACUUUUGUAUCUGUUCAGUAACUUUCAAGGUACAGGCAGAAGAUGAUAAUCUUUGCUGCAUUCAAAUACUGAAGACAGUGGGAAACGGCUAGCCCUUGCUCUAAAUAAAAAUAUAUAAUCUUAAAUUAGCAUAAUUUUGGCACAAUUGUUGUAAAAUGUAAGUGAUACUUACUGAUGAUGAUGUUCUUAUUUGAUUAAGCAGGUUUGAAGUCAUACAUAUUAGUCAUGAAAGUGUUUACUGUGCAAGGGCCAGAGGAGGACACACAUCCAUUUGCUAUUGAAUGUAUCAAAAGGGAUUUAUUUGAUUAUUUUUCCAAUUAUAGGAAUUUGUAUAUUGUCUAUUUAACAAAGGUUAUAUAUUUGUAAAGUUACAUGUUAUUGUAUUAAUUAGUUUUUCUUAACGAUUGUUUUAACAGAUGUAAUGUGCACUUUUACUAAUAAUUGAAUUGAAUUUAUUUAUUUUUUAAAACUUUUGUACUUCUUUCUUGGAGAUGUUUUGUUAGAUGACAGGAAAUACAACAUCUAUGAUAAGACAACAUAUGUUUCACAAUGUGUCACCUCUUUAUCAGUGUCAACAGAUGUACAUGACUGACACUUUUUGAACUUGUGCACACUGACAUUUUUCAAUGUUGUCUAAAAAAAGGAAAUAAAUUAUCACCAUUUUAUCUGUAUCACAUUCUUGUGAUUUGUGAUCUUAGAUUUCAGUAUAUUACCAGUGGUACCUUAGAUUAUAGUGAUACAUUUUGUCAUUUGACAUUAACAUGUAAGAUACUACCUCUGUUAUUGUAUUCCUCACUGUGUCUCUGCAGCCGAAGGAUACCAGGCAGGCCAUGGUGAAGAGGUUGUCUGUGGUCAACUUGCAGAACUUUAAGAGACAGUAUGCCAGACGCAGGUGGAAGCUGUCAUUCAGAAUUGUGGCUCUGUGCAACCACUUAACAAGGAUCAUGAAGAAAGGCAACAAGCUGCCUGAGCAGGACGGGAGGGAUUGUGAUAGUGACCAAGAGGAAGACAUCCCGAAGAGGAGACCGAGGGGCAGAAAGAGAAGCAGCACUUCCUGAGAGCAACAAGGGCAUCAUUUGACAUGUUCCUGUUGCAAAACAGUUCAUCUGCAACUUUUUGAAACACACUGUGCAGCUGCAACUUGUCAUAAGAAUAAUUAUACAUUAUUUGUUUGAAUUGUAUUGAUCCAGACAACUUGCUUGUCUUAGUGAAACACAAAACCAGCAUAUCAUGUGUGUUGAUAUCAAUACAUUUCUAAAUUCAAGCUAUCUUUUUUUGUCCUUGUUGACAGGAACUAAGAUGCCAAUGUUAGCACGUCCUCAAGAAUGUAGGCAGCUUCCUCUCAUAACUGUGGUCUUAAAAGUCUCUCAGCUGUUGUCUAACAUCCGAGUAUUGACACACUUAGAUACUUUUAUUUUUGUUGUGCUGUCUGCAUGUGUGGAUGUAAAAUAAUGUGCAACGCACUGACAGAAAAACAAUAUGGUAAACAAAUGUUUACAUGUUGUGCUUAACAUACAGCAAUGUCUCUGUUAAGAGACUGUUUUUAUUAACAUUUUAAUUUGCAAUAUCACAAUAAUGUGCCUGUACACAGUGUUAUCUGUUUACUGUAUUGAAUAUAGAUUAUUUUAAAUGACUGUCAAAUACUUGUCACCAAUGGGGCAUAUUAACAUAAAAAAACAUUUUACUGUUUUUUCAAAACCAUUUUUAGGCCCUGGUGUAUUUAUCUUGUAAAUAUACAUACAAAUCGGAAGUUAAUGUCUUAAUUUCACUGUUAUUUGAACUUUAGCUCAGUAAAAGAAGCAACAAUGUAUUAAACAGGUCCUUUUUAGUUAACUUGUAUGUACUGUAUGUAUUGUAAAUUCUAAUUUUGUUAAUAAAUUAAUGAAUAUGACUUUUUGUGAGUUCAAUAAAGUGAAAAGAAAAAA